GGCACUUCACAAACACGCUGUUAUGUCACGCGCAGAGGCUCAGACGAGCUCGUGAGAUUAAAUGUAAUAAAGUAACUCUGCAGAGAAGAGGCGCCGAAAUGGACACGAAGCUGGGAGCUCCUGCUUUUCCCGCGGACCGCGAGUGAACGGACGGGUCACUCGGUGGAAGCUGCACUUGUGUGGACAGUACGUUGCUGCCUCGGCUGUGUUUCGUAAUCAUGAAGUUGUUAAACCUCUUGCUGAAAGAUAUCACGCCCAAAAUAGAGUACUACUCCAGGUUCUCGCCCUCGCCGAUGUCCAUCAAACAGUUCCUGGAUUUCGGUAGAGAAAAUGCAUGUGAGAAGACGGCCUACAUGUUCCUGAAGAAAGAACUGGCAGUUCGAUUGGCCAAUACUAUGAGAGAAGUCACUCUGUUGCCUGGCAAUCUGCUAAGUCAGCCAUCUGUCCAGUUGGUUCAGAGCUGGUACAGUCAGAGCUUUGAGGAACUGCUAGAGUGUGAGAACCGGAGUCCAGAGGAUCCUCGCACCCUCAACGAUUUCCUAGACAUUCUUAUCCAGAUUCGGAACAGACACAAUGAUGUGGUUCCCACCAUGGCACAGGGUGUGAUCGAGUACAAGGAAAAGUUUGGUUUCGACCCUUUUAUCAGCAGCAAUGUGCAGUAUUUCCUGGAUCGCUUCUACACCAGUCGCAUCUCUUUCCGGAUGCUCAUCAAUCAGCAUACUCUCCUCUUUGGCGAUGGCAUCAACCCUGCACCUCCAAAACACAUUGGGGGCAUUGACCCAAACUGCAAUGUGGUUGAGGUAGUGAGAGAUGCGUAUGAGACAGCAAAGAUGCUGUGUGAACAGUAUUACACGAGGGCACCUGAACUACAGAUCAAGGAAUUCAACUCCAAGAAGCCAAACAAGCCCAUCCAGGUGGUCUAUGUGCCAUCCCAUUUGUUCCACAUGCUCUUUGAGCUCUUCAAGAACUCCAUGAGAGCUACAGUGGAACUUCAUGAGAACAGCCUUGAAGGACUCCCUCCUGUGAAGGCACUUGUCACUCUGGGAAAGGAAGAUCUCUCCAUUAAAAUUAGUGACCAGGGAGGUGGCGUUCCCUUAAGAAAGAUUGACCGUCUCUUCAACUACAUGUACUCCACGGCUCCCACGCCAAGACUGAAUUCCUCACAGACGGCUGCACCUCUGGCUGGUUUUGGUUAUGGCUUGCCAAUCUCCAGACUGUAUGCACGGUACUUCCAGGGAGACCUAAAUCUGUACUCAAUGGAAGGUGUAGGAACUCAUGCAGUCAUCUAUCUAAAGGCACUGUCCAGCGAGUCUUUUGAACGUCUUCCAGUUUUCAACAAGUCAGCGUGGAGACACUACCAGUUAGGGCCAGAGGCUGAUGACUGGAGCAACCCCAGCAGUGACCCAUGCGAUGCGUCCACAUUCAAAGUCAACACGUGACCUAAAAUCCUCCUGCCCUGCCCUGACUAGCUUCACAUUUGUAUGCAUGCUUGAAUCUAAUGCAAGUUCCAAACAAACAGCUACUCUUGUUUAAUAGUUUGGUUUGAAUUUAUUUAUUGUCCUUUUGCUUUUUUUCAAAUAUUGCUUUUUGUAUUCUGUUGUUGAAAUAUCAUGGGAUAAAUGCACUUGGUGUGGCUUAGUGGAAGAUCAGGCAGAGUGGCUUUUUCAUGGGGAAUCUAGUCACUUGUGGUUAUUAUGCAGCAUGCAUUUCAAAUGAACACAAGAGGAAACACCAUGGAGCCAAAGGGUGAUUUGUGCUCUCUGUCACUAAAUUAAUGCUUAAACUUAUUUAUCACAAAGUCUCUUUGCAGGGAUACUGCGUUUUACUUUAUGCUAAGCACGCAGACACAUAAUGAGUGAGUUUUGAUAGAUUGCAGUAGAUUACAGAACUACUGUACUGUAUGACCUCAGUUAAAAGAAUAUAAAGAAAGUUUCUUUUGUAGCCAAAGCCUUAGAGAAGUACUGUGUGGGGUGUUAAGAAGCUAUUUAUGCUCAAACUCCCUGUCAGAUUAUAACAUAAAUGCACAGACAUGCAGUAGAUAUGUACAUAUUUGCCUUCAUGUUGUUUGUUGCAUUCUCCUAGUGAAAACUGAGCGCAGAUUCAGGUCAACACGUUUCUGUGUUUUCAUGGUCAAGAUUCAGUGAUGCCACUGAAUACUGUGAAGACUUCUGAUUGUAUGCAGGACUAUAGAUUGCUGACAGGACAUUUGGAAAUGUUACAAUUCAUGUAUAGAAACGGGUCAUUUCUGUUCAAGACUAACUAUAAUUCCUAUACAUAAAUGAUCCCCUAUAAGAACUGAACUAAUUUGAAUGUCUCCUCCUCUACAGAGUUCUUAGGCUUGCUUAGUAGUGCUAAGUCAUAUUCACACAGUUAUUUGCAUUAGGUGCUUCAAUCCUAGGCUUAGUACUCAGUUUUUAAUCUAAAGACACCAUGUCACAGUAUAAUAGUUAUUCAAGAAUUAUUCAGUAUACAGUAAACUAACACAGUACUCUACAAAAAUCAGAGACCACCCUUUUGUUUAUUCAACUUCCAGUCAAAAUAUUUUGAUCCUUCCCCUGUUGAUGGUGUUGUUAGAACAACUGACUGGCCAAACCCAGUCCAGACCUCAAAAGUGUUGAAUGUGUUUGAAAGUACUUGCAUCAUGAGAAGCACAAAAUGCAACCAACUUCUAAGACUGAAAUUUGGAGAUGGUUACAAGAAGUAGAUUUCUUUGAAAAACUGAAAGUCUCCUGAAAGAAAUGGAAGCUGUACCAAAGGCAAAGAAUGAGCAUAGUAAAUAAUGAAAAAAUAAUGAUCAUGCUUAUAUUGAAAAGUCCUGCACACACCUCUGUUAAAUAUACAUGCUGAAAAAUGAACAAUUUGAUGUUUUGACUGGAUAUUAAAUGAAUGAAAGGGUAGUCUCUGACUUAUAGCAUGGUAACAUAUGUAAAUGAUGUAGUUAUGAAAUUGAGAAAUUGUAGUGAGGACCUACAUACAGACCCUCAGGGUUUAAAGGGGGUGAUCUUAGUCUGGUCAUUUUAACUAACAGAACAGCAGAACAGCCAUGUCUGCCUGCCCACAUGAUGGUCUAGAGCGAGGUCUUAUGGUAAGAAUACGUCAUCAUUGCUGGUGACUUCAUCGUUUUAAGCUUUGCUUAAUCAUCUUAGCUGCUGUGCCUAAUAACAUAACUUCUUUCCAGGCCAUGAGGGAAUUAGUAGAACACAGUAGUAAUAACUAUACUAAAGAAAUAUGACUUUAUUUUUAUAGGAAUGUGUAGUUAAACACAGAAAUGUUUGUUGCUGUAAAGCAGUGUUUCCAAAACCCUGUUUUUGUUUAUGUUGUUCUACCACUGCCAUUUUAACCUCAAUAAGCGCUCAUAAAUUAUCUGACGAUUUGUGCCAGGUGUGUGUGGAAAAGGGAAAACUCUCUGCUAUGAGAAAGUUCUGUUUUUAAGAGGUCUUAAGACAAAUAAAAAUGAGUUCAUGAACUGA